GUUGAGACUAUACAUUUUCAGCGUAGCACUACCUGACAGACAAGCUCAGGAUACACAUUCGCAUCGCAGGUGGGCUUGCCUCUGAAAUGUUUACGCAGCUAAAGUUGACAGGCCUGCUACUUCUGUUAGCCACACCAGUGACGAGAAACGAGAAUCAAAAGCAGAUCUGUGAGCCAGUAAUGCAUUGAGGCAGCGAUGGAGACCACAGAGCAUCCCACUGAGGGCGACCCCCUGAAGAGGGGAGAACAUGGGGCAGAGACAGGGACAGCCCAGACAGCAACAGAGCUGAAGAAGAAGAGCUGCAAGGACGGCUUGCAUUUUUCCAAAGGGACCCACUGGCGAACUGCAGUCUUUUUCCUGUCCUUGUUCAUCUGCCUCAUCAUCGUGUUUGCCUUCUCCUUCAUCCUCCCCUGUCCCGUGAGACCACAAUAUCUUAUUACGUGGAACAGGACUUUCUCUGAAGCAGCAACAUAUGACUUCUUAGCUAUUGAACAUGCAAGCGACGACAAGGUGAUGGAUGUCAUGUUUGUCCUCAAGAACACAGAAGUCACUCAGAACAAAUCCUGUGCUGAUGCAGGUCUGCCUUCGCCGUGUGUGUUUGUGUUGGCUGUGGAUGGUACAGAUGGAGAGACGCUGUGGGAAAGUCGACUGGAACCUGAGUUCCACUGGGCUCAAUGUGGUCUGAACGUAGGAAAAGGGAGAACCUGGGACUGUCUGCUGUCCCAUUCUGACAAACUCACAGCCAUGGACAAACACACUGGUCAUGUUGUUUGGCAGCAGCUUCAUCCUACUGGUCUGCACAGCUCGGUGCCUGUUCUGAGUGUCCCUGAUCUGGAUGGCGACAAGGUCAGUGAUGUGGCUCUGGUGGCAUCUGACAGCACACAGACUCAGCUGGUGCUGCUUUCAGGAAAAACGGGUCUCCAGAUCGGUUCCACAGUGGUUCUUGAUUCCACACAGACAGCCAGUCAUCUUCUACACUGCACUGCUGAAGGUUCUCACUAUGUCCUACUACAAAAAGAUACUGGCUUGUACGGAUUGGCUCUGUGGAGGAUCGCUGCCAAGGCUAAAGCAGGGAUGGAGGCGGGCCUCAAGAAGGACAAAACCUGGGAGAAAAAUGCCAGUGCCACGUCUGGCCUUGUACCCAUCUAUGAGUCUGAAGCAGUGAGUCGAGUGCUCAGAAAAGAAGAAGCAGACGAUUCAUCCAACCUGCUAGUUGUGACCAACAAAGAGGUGGCUUUAGUUGAUGGGCAAAAACUGCAGCUACUGUGGAGAUUCAAUACCACUUCAGUCCUCAGUGAGCCCUCCUUUGGUCACUUUAAUAAAGAUGAAAUACUUGAUAUUGUGGUUGAGGAGGACAUUGGCAACUACACAAAGAAGGUGAUAAUUCUGGAUGGGAAAUCUGGUGGAGUGCUGUGGGAAGUCAACCUUUUGGCCAGUCCUAAUUCACCGAGACCCACCUCAAUACACACCACUAACUACUUCUCAGUCUUUAUGUUCUGGGGAAUGAUGCCCUCAGAGUUCAACUCAACUAUACCAUUAGCUGGUGACCGACGUUCUUACAUGCUGCUUCCUCUGUAUUCUAAAGUUCUCCUCGAGUCCACUAAUGUCAUGGACCACAUCGUAACAUUCAAAGCUACGCUGAUGGAGCGAGGACGCCACGCUGCCUACAUCCUGCUGACCGGUCCGGUGACGGAGGGAGCUGAAGGCACCGUGGUCCUCAGCAAGCGGAAGCUAAAGCAGGAUGUCCCUGACAGCAAAGUGCUCCGUAUCGGCACCGGUGGGACUUCCGAGAGCAACGAGGACAUCAAAGAGACCUUCAACCGACUUCGCUUCAGCGAAUGGUGAAAGGACCAACUGUAGAGUGCAGUUUAUGUUAAAACUAUUCUGACUUCCAAAAACAAAAGUAUGUGCACUUGUUCUGACUUUCCAACUGCUGACCGCCAAAGAAAUUCCUUUGUGUUUCGUGAACUUUAGGACAGAGUUUUUCCAUUAAUCUUCCUUGGACAAACUGGGCAUUAUCUAUCUUCACUGCAUAUCAGAAGUUUAAAUUUAUCCAGUGUCCAAAGAGCUGCUGUUCACUGACAAUCACUCUGCACAGAUUGCUGUUCUCCUGCUGAUAAACCCAUCAAACCUGCCUUGCUGUAUUUUUUCUCGCACUUUUUCGCAUCAAUGCAAAGCUCUUGAAAUUUCUAGAGGCUGGAUUAUCAUUUGGAUCUAUGCAACUGCUUGACAUCCUGUGCCUUAAAAGGUAGCAGAUGCAGACCACUGCAGUGGCUAAAUCCUGAGUAUUUCAAAUUACAGUCGCCUUACAGGAACGGUUUCGCUGUGAUACGGUUAGUUUAGUUCUGUAAAUCUGACACAUUUAAACCUGAAAUACAACAGAAAUCAUAUGAAACUUAACAUGACAUUCUUUGUUACGUAUUCUGUGAAAUAUCAGUAAGGCAGUCUUGUUGUAAAUGGUACUGUACAUGUCUGUUAUGUACUUAAUCCAAGAUGCUGUAACUUUGUGAUAUUCUUCUGCGCACACAUACUAAAUCUCCGCUCAAUGCUGAGUUUCAAAGGUUCGCUAUAAUACUGACUGUUUGCUGUGGCUUUACGGCUCCUAUAAAGCUGUUUUUUCUCAGUGAUUUAUAUAAGAUACGUGAAAAUGAGGGCCUUGUGUUUGCUGAGCAUUAAUAUAUUGAACCUGUGGAGCGGGCUUUUAAUGGAGCCAGCUUUUCUUUCUGACUUGUCCUGAAAUGUUUGAAUUUGAGUUAUAUUAAACAUUUUUAAAAUAA